CGACAGUCCCUGCCCCGCCCCUCCUGUACCUACUUGGGGUGCCUGGCUUUUGCAGCUGGUGUGAGCAACCACCCGGCCUGAGGGUGGCCCAGGCAGCACCUCGGGCGAGUCCAACCCCAAGCUGCUGUCAGGCUGUGGCAGUUCCGGAGCCUCCCGCCUGCAGCCCACGGAACCCCAGAGGCCUAGGCGAGACGUGCCCUGAACGCCACAAGUCGGACACUUCCUCCCUUUUGGCCGGACUCAGGCAUCCUCCUGCUUCCUCCAUAUAGGUUCCCAGCGCGCUACCUGCCCGGCUCCUUCCGGCGUUUGAAUUGCUCUGGGCCGGCAGUAAACGUGAGAAAAUAAUUUCCUUCCCCUACCAUCGCCGCUGCUCUCCCUAGUGACAGGCUUGUUUUGCCUGAGAAGUGAAUCGCCUGCUUGCCCCAGUGGCAGAAUCAGGACUGGAAUCCAAGUCUCUGGUUGUCUGCACCUCGUUUCUCAAGACAGCAGCCUCCUCCGCCAUAGGAGAACUGAUACUUUCCCUUUCCAAAGCAGUUUUCUCUAAAAAUCUGGAAAUUAUUUCCUUACAAGGAGGACGACGAGUUGGGUGGGAAGACUCAGAGUGCAGAAAAGUUGUCACAUAUGCAUGCAGGGAGUUUAGAGCAGAUGCCAGCCUCCCUGGCUGUGUGGACUGGGACAAGUUGCUCCCGCUCUGCCCUCAGUUUCGUGAUCUGUAAAAUGGGGGCUGACAGUGUCAACCGUGCUCAGUAAUGCAGGUAGUGCCUGGCACUUCAUGAGGCUCAAGGAGUUGCUGCCGCUGCUGCUGAUUGAGUCCUAGGACGUUUUUCACUGAGCCAGGGAAAGAGCUGGGCCUGGAACAGGAUGACCCAGCCCUUCUGUCUGGUCCUGUCUAUCCCUGGCUGCUUCUGACUUCCUUCUCUGAGGGCACUUGGCAUCAUUCUCAGGGAGUGUAAAUGAUUCAGAGCUGCUGAUUCAGAGGGGUGGAAAAGAGAAGGGGCUUCCUCCUGGCUCGCUUUGUCUUCCCUCAGAUCUGGCUUCUGGAGACUUCACCCAUCCUCAGGAGACACUGGCCAGAAAGAAGACAUGGCUACUGAACAGAGGGAAGCAAGGUCUCAGGUGUCAGUGACGUUCGAAGAUGUGGCUGUGCUCUUUACACGGGAUGAGUGGAGAAAGCUGGCUCCUCCUCAGAGAAACUUGUACCAAGAUGUGAUGCUGGAGAACUAUAGUAAUCUUGUCUCCUUGGGACUCCUAUUUCCCAAACCCAAAGUGAUCUCCCUGUUGCAGCAAGGAGAAGAUCCCUGGAAGGUAGAGAAAGAAAACCUUGGAGGCUCCUCUCUAGGAUGGAAGAACAGUUAUAAAACCACAAAGUCAACUCAAACACAAGGUCAUUCAUUUCAGGAACUGAUAAUGAAAAGAUCCAAAAGGAAUGGACCCUGGGACUUCAAAUCAGAAAAACCCUGCAGAUAUGAAGGCAGAUUAGAGAAAAAGCAGGAGAAAAAAGAAAGUGUACAGAUAGUUUCAGUCACUCACAAGAAAAUCCUCACUAUAGAGAGAAAACAUAAAAAUACUCAAUUUGGGCAAAACUUGAGCCCAAAGUCAGUCUUUUUUAGGCAACAGGUGAUCCCAAGAGAAAAAGCCCCACCAAAAUGUGAAAUACAAGGAAACAGCUUCAAACAAAAUUUCAGUUUAUUUAAUCAACAAAAAACCAACACAGCUGGGAAACGUUAUAAAUGUAGUAUGUGUGAGAAAACUUUCAUAAAUACUUCAUCCCUUCGUAAACAUGAAAAAAACCACAGUGGAGAGAAAUUAUUUAAAUGUAAAGACUGUUCAAAAGCCUUUAAUCAAAGUUCAGCACUUAUUCAACAUCAAAUAACUCAUACUGGAGAGAAACCCUAUAUAUGUAAAGAAUGUGGGAAAGCCUUCACUCUCAGUACAUCCCUUUAUAAACACUUAAGAACACAUACUGUGGAGAAAUCCUAUAGGUGUAAAGAAUGUGGUAAAUCCUUCAGCAGAAGAUCAGGCCUUUUUAUACAUCAAAAAAUCCAUGCUGGAGAAAACCCCUAUAAAUAUAAUCCAGGUAGGAAAGCAUCUAGUUGCAGUACAUCCCUUCCUGGAUGUCAGAGAAUUCAUUCCAGAAAAAAGUCCUACUUAUGUAAUGAAUGUGGUAAUACCUUUAAGUCUAGUUCAUCCCUUCGUUAUCAUCAGAGAAUUCACACAGGAGAGAAACCUUUUAAAUGUAGUGAGUGUGGGAGAGCCUUCAGUCAGAGUGCAUCUCUUAUUCAACAUGAAAGAAUUCACACUGGAGAAAAGCCUUACAGAUGUAAUGAAUGUGGAAAAGGCUUCACUUCUAUUUCACGACUUAAUAGACACCGAAUAAUUCAUACUGGUGAGAAGUUUUAUAAUUGUAAUGAAUGUGGUAAAGCCUUAAGUUCCCACUCAACACUUAUUAUUCAUGAAAGAAUUCAUACUGGAGAGAAACCAUGUAAAUGUAAAGUGUGUGGGAAAGCCUUCAGACAAAGUUCAGCUCUCAUUCAACAUCAGAGAAUGCACACUGGAGAAAGACCCUAUAAAUGCAAUGAGUGUGGAAAAACAUUCAGAUGUAACUCAUCCCUUAGUAAUCAUCAGAGAAUUCACACUGGAGAGAAACCAUAUCGAUGUGAAGAAUGUGGGAUAUCUUUUGGCCAAAGUUCAGCUCUUAUUCAACAUCGGCGGAUUCAUACAGGAGAGAAACCCUUCAAAUGUAAUACAUGUGGGAAAACUUUUAGACAAAGCUCAUCACGUAUUGCCCAUCAGAGAAUUCAUACUGGAGAGAAACCCUAUGAAUGUAAUACAUGCGGGAAACUUUUCAAUCACAGGUCAUCUCUUACUAAUCAUUAUAAAAUUCAUAUUGAAGAGAACCCCUAGGAAGUAAUUUGCAUGUUUCUGAAACCAAAGCUCACCAGAAUACAUGAGAGUGAUAUAAUAAAUGUAAUGGAUAUGAAAAACCUUUCUAUAGUUUAGUCCUCAUCAGAUAAUAAGUCCUAAGGACAAA